AUGCGCCCGGUUCCCCCCGCCUGUGCCCCCCCGGCCUCGCCGCAGGAAACCGGCUGGCUGCCGCUGGCCGGCGCCGGGGGAGGCGAGGGGUUAACCGGGGUGGGGGCAUCCCGGGCCGAGAGGUGUGAAUUCCGCCCGCUACACCCCCCACCCAUCCCUCCACACCCCCCACCUCUCCCCCCGCGCCGCUAUAAGAGCGGCCGGCGCGGGCUGGGGGGAGUCACAGCGGCGGCUCCUCCUCGCUGCAAGUCCCGGCGCUUUUGGCUGCCCUUUGAAGUCGGAGAGGGAGAAGGAGGGAGGGAGCGUCUGGGGCUGCUGCCGCUGCCUGCUCCUGCUCCGCGCCGCUACCGCCCGGCCCCGGAGCAUCCCCCGCCCGACCCCGCCGCCUCCAGGAUGAGGAUACCUGAGUGGAGGUGGAGCAGCAUCUCCAUCAGUGCACGAGCCCAGCUGAAAGGCACCCUGGCCCUUCUCCUCGUGGGCAACGUUGCCUUUGUGAUAGCUCAAGACCUGGUGCAGACCUCCAACAGCCUGGAGGAAGGGGCAGAUGUCACUGCCUACUGGUGGGGCGAGUGGACCAAGUGGACAGCGUGCACCAGGACCUGCGGGGGAGGCAUCAAGUCCCAGGAGAGACACUGCUUGAGGCAGAGAAGAAAGUCAGUGAGUGGGCUGGCUAAUAAAACUUGCACUGGAACAUCCAAAAGAUACCAGCUCUGCAAAGUACAAGAGUGCCCUGCAAACGGAAGGAGCUUUCGAGAGGAGCAGUGUUCAUCAUUUAACUCCCAUGUGUAUAAUGGCAGAACGUAUCAAUGGAAACCUUUAUAUCCUGAUGACUAUGUUCACAUUUCUAGCAAGCCCUGUGACCUCCAUUGCACCACUGUGGAUGGUCAGAGACAGUUAAUGGUUCAGGCUCGGGAUGGAACAUCCUGCAAAUACACUGAUUUCCGAGGGGUUUGCGUGUCUGGAAAAUGUGAGCCGAUUGGGUGCGAUGGCAUUCUCUUUUCCACCCACACCUUGGAUAAAUGUGGAGUUUGCCAAGGAGAUGGGAGCAGCUGCACUCAUGUAACCGGCAGUUACCGGAAAGGAAAUUCUCAUCUUGGCUAUUCCCUGGUAACACACAUUCCUGCUGGAGCAAGGGAUAUCCAGAUAGUAGAACGGAAAAAAUCUGCAGAUGUUCUGGCUGUGGCUGAUGAAGCUGGGUACUAUUUCUUCAAUGGGAACUACAAAGUUGACAGUCCAAAGAACUUCAACAUUGCAGGCACGGUGUUCAAGUACCGCAGGCCCAUGGAUGUCUACGAGACUGGCAUAGAGUACAUUGUUGCACAAGGACCCACAAACCAAGGGCUGAAUAUAAUGGUCUGGAAUCAAAAUGGCAAGAAUCCAUCCAUCACAUUUGAAUACACCCUCCUGAGGAAGCCACACUCAAAAAAUCUGCAGCCCAUCUACUACACCUUCUCCGAGUCAGAUAGUGAAGAAAGCAGAGAGUUUGAUGGAGACGUGCCAUUGGGUUUUAUCCAGCACAAUGCAACCUAUUUUGGGAAAAUCUCCAGGGAAAGGAUAGACUUGGAGAACCAGGUGUUUGGAAGGCAGGACACGGAUGAAGAUUUGAACUUGAGCAAAGGUCAGGAAACCAAUGAGGUCUAUGAAAGAGCAGAAACAAUUGACUGUGAGCCAAAACUGAAGGGCAAACAACCCCAAGAUUCAAACGUAACCAGGUCUACUUACCAGACAGACCAUGACGACAGAGACUUGGAGCCCAGGUUCACCUCCAGGGAAUUCCUUUCGGAAAAUGCCAUCACGGACAAGCUGCUGGACAAAGCCUCGGACUCCAAGGAGUUGGUGCUCAACAUGACCAUGAACAGCAUCUUUGCCCAGGGAGACCAAAUCAACUCUGUGGGGUCACACAUUGACAGCCUCUAUGUGGACUACGAGGACGCUGAUGGCAUUGUGACCUACAGCAUCAAUAACACCUACAUGGAGCUGAGCAAAGCUGUCAACACGUCUGCAGAGACACCGUUCUCAAAUGCCACUGUCACCAUGACCAGCCCUCAAGGGAACAGAACCCACAAAGCAAGAAACAGAUUGAAGUUGUUAAGAAAGGGCCAAGGUGUGAGUGCUGCUGACAUGUACAGGUGGAAGCUUUCCUCCCAUGAACCCUGCAGCUCUACAUGUACCACAGGAGUGAUGUCCACAUAUGCGAUGUGUGUUCGCUAUGAUGGGAUCGAAGUGGAUGAUACGUACUGUGAUGCCAUGACCCGUCCCGAGCCCGUCCAUGAGUUCUGUGCUGGGAGAGAGUGCCAGCCAAGGUGGGAGACGAGCAGCUGGAGCGAGUGUUCCCGCACCUGCGGGGAGGGAUACCAGUUCCGCAUCGUCCGCUGCUGGAAGAUGAUCUCCCCGGGGUUCGACAGCUCCGUCUACAGCGACCUCUGCGAGUCGGCAGACAUCACCCGGCCGGACGAGCGCAAGGUCUGCAAGAACCCGGCCUGCGGGCCCCAGUGGGAGAUGUCGGAGUGGUCCGAGUGCUCGGCGCGGUGCGGAGAGAGGAGUGUGGUGACCCGGGACAUCCGCUGCUCGGAGGAGGAGAAGCUGUGCGAUGCCAGCGCCCGCCCCCUGGCCGAGAAGAACUGCACCGGGCCCCCCUGCGACCGGCAGUGGACUGUGUCCGACUGGGGACCGUGCAGCGGCGGCUGCGGGCAGGGCAGGAUGAUCCGGCACGUGUACUGCAAAACCAGCGACGGGCGGGUGGUGCCCGAGUCACAGUGCAACCUGGAGACCAAGCCCCUGGCCAUCCACCCCUGCGGGGACAAGAACUGCCCCUCACACUGGCUGGCACAGGACUGGGAGCGGUGCAACACUACGUGUGGGCGGGGUGUGAAGAAGAGGAUCGUGCACUGCCUGGAGAUUGUCAACGGGAAGAUCAAGACCCGCAACCCCGCCGACUGCGACGUCUCCAAGAAGCCGGUGGAGGAGACGACCUGCUUUGAGCGGCCGUGCUUCAAGUGGUACACGACCCCCUGGUCGGAGUGUACAAAAACCUGUGGCAUUGGUGUGAGGAUGCGGGACGUGAAGUGCUACCAAGGGAAGGACAUCGUCCGGGGCUGUGACCCGUUGGUGAAGCCUGUGGGCAAACAGACCUGUGACCUCCAGCCCUGCCCCACGGAGCCCCCAGACGACAGCUGCCAGGACCAGGCAGGAACCAACUGUGCUUUGGCCAUCAAAGUCAACCUCUGCAGCCACUGGUACUACAGCAAAGCCUGUUGCCGCUCCUGCCGCGCGCCCCACUCCUAGUGCCUGGCAGCACCUCCCUCAGCCAGGGCUCUGGAAACCAGUUAGUAAGCACUACACAUCCCACAGACCGGUGUCAAGGGUGCUUUUGGGUUGGUUUGGUUGUUUUUCUGUUGUUGUCCCACCGAUGCAGAACUACUGUCCUUGUCCCUCUCCCACCCGGAGGAGCAGGGCUGGCACGGCUGGGUGGCAGAGCCCUCCCCGCUGCACGUUGGUAGCCCCUGUUAUCAGAGCUGUACAUAACGUCGUGUAUAUUUGAUUCCCCUGAACCACAGACAUGUGCACAUGGUUCUUGGCCUUUGGUUUCUUUCCUUGGUGCAAGUUUGGGGAUGAGGAGGGGAAGGUGUGAACUCUGAAGUGCAGGUUUCCCUUCUCAAAGAGGGGGUUAGUGCCCCUUUCCUAAUUUAUCCCCGAGCCCUGCACUCUCCUUAGCUGCAUCUAACAUGGUGGGAACCUGAUUUUUGUUUGCUAAAUAAACUCAAGCCCAAGCCCUUUUUUUUUUUUUUUUUUGUAAUAUGUAGGUGUAUACUUUUUCAGAGAAUUUUAUCUUAUAAUCAAACAUUAGUUCCAUAGCCCUUAUGACCCCCCCCGUAAUGCUGACAUAUUGUAUAUAAUAUGAAACCAUAACUGCACUUUAUAUCACAAAAAAGACAUGCUCUUUUUUAAUAUAUUUGUUUACAGACAGUGAACUUUAUCCAUAUAAUCAUUAAUUUGUACUCAUAUGUAUAUUUUAACAAAG